CUUUUUUAGGUGCUUCUCUGAUAAAUAAACAUUAGAUUAGUUACAUAAUUCAUAAUAAAUUUUAAAUAUAUAAAACGCUUGCAUUCUUCUUAAAUAAUAUGAAUACAACGCUGCUGUUGAAAUCAUUAUAUUCAUUUGAUUUUAAAUGGUAGUGUACAGAACCAAUUGAUUAUUUAAAACGCAAAUAUUAUAUUUCAGAUAUAGGUAAACAUUCGAUAUUGUGAAUCCUUUUUAAAUUCAGUGGUUUCUAUUGUAAUGCACUGGGUUAUUUCUGACAUUUCAGUACAUUUUUCCAUCCAUUUUCCGGUUGAAAUGGUAGUGUUUAGGCACGUAGUUGACCGGAUCGAUGACCGCUAAGAUCGGAGAACCGGGAAAUCUUUGGGUGGGUGGGUGGUUUAAUCGGUCGGGUGGGUUCGUUCGGCGAUUUGGCAGUGUGCUUCGGUUGGGCGGAUUGGAUGGAUGGGCGGGUGCGAAAUGUAUCGGCCCUCGAUCACUAGAUAUGCAUUAAUGGUUUUGGUUGGUUGGUGUUUUGGAUUUGGCCCAAGACGUUAUAGACAACUUUGGCGCAUUUAAAUGAAUCGAUGCGAUGCGGCUGUUGUUGUUUAUAUCAAAUCGAACUAAAAAUCUGGUUCCGAGUCGGGCCAGGCAUUAUAUGAAUAUGAUUUCGAGGCGGCGGGUAUUCAAAUCAGUCGGCGCCCCGUGUUUGUUGUUCUUAUUUUAUUCGAUCGGCCCUCUCGGCUUUAGUGAUCCGAAGCCAAAGUCAGGCGCGUGCUAUCCGCCGGUGUAAAUGUGUGUGUGUGUGUGGGCUAUAUACCCGCAUCACACACAGAUAUAUAGAGCCUAUAUGUCGGCGGGUAAGCGGAGCCCGCCAGAGGCGAUAAAAGCCCCAAGAGAUCUCCGAAGUAGAUCAGUUUAGUUGAGAAUUCGCAAACGAGCCAAGAGAUCCCCAGCCAGAUUUAAUCGGUCCGACUUUCAUCGACCAACAGCCCCACCGAUCGCAACUCUAAUGCUUGUCUGGAACGAUAAACAGGAUACCAAUUUCACGUUCAUUUGAGCCAUUUGCUCCACAGACUAGGAAUCGAAUCGCAAUUAAACCGUUCAAUCGAGAGCAUUUCGAAUUUCGUUUGUUUUUGUUUGUUUUGUUUUUUUUUUGUUGUUGUUGUUGUUGUUUUUGGAUUUUUGUUUAUUGUUAAAAGGGCCUGUCUGGUGAUAAUGCCCAGUAGUGUUGCCAACGAGAGCCAGUUCCGAUUCCAGAGCAGUCGCAGUCGGGCCAGCUGUCCCAGCCGGAGUCCCAGUGAGCCGGAAGCGCCGGCCACGCCGGCCACGCCGACCACCGAUGAGGUCGACCAGACGCUCUCCGAGCUGCAGCUCCAAUCGCAGGAGAUCCGGCAGCAGCAGGACCUGAUUGCAUCCACCAGCAGCAAGGGACGCGGACGCUCGGGAUGGCAGGUGAAGGCCUCCAAGUUGUCCGCCAACACGCACAAUCGCAUCCGGAACAUUGUCGAGUCCUUGAAGAUCAAGCCGAAUCCGGAGAAGCCCAUGAUUCCGCUCUCCAUUGGUGAUCCCACAACCUUUGGCAACCUGAAGGCCGCCGAUGAGACGAUGAAGGCGGUGCUGCAUUCGCUGGAGAGCGGCAAGUACAAUGGAUAUGCCCACACCCAAGGUCACGAGGUGGCCCGCCAGGCGGUGGCCAAGUACAGUGCCCACCAGCGGACCGACGGGGACAUCGAUCCGAACGAGGUGGUGCUCUGCAGCGGAUGCUCCUCGGCACUGGAGUACUGCAUCCUGGCGCUGGCGGAUCGUGGCCAGAAUGUUUUGGUGCCGCGUCCAGGAUUCUGUUUGUACCACACGUUGGCCGAAGGACUGGAUAUUGAGGUGCGCUACUACGACCUCCUGCCCGAUCAGCAGUGGCGCGCCGAUCUCGUCCAGCUGGAGAGUCUGAUCGACGAGAACACCGCCGCUUUGCUGAUCAACAACCCGAGCAAUCCAUGCGGCAGUGUCUUCGAUGAGAAGCAUCUGCUGCAGCUGAUUGACAUCUGUGAGCGCCACUACUUGCCCAUCAUAGCUGAUGAGAUUUAUGAACACUUUGUGUUCCCUGGCUCGAAGCACUUGGCUGUGAGCAGUUUGACCAAGGAGGUGCCGGUGCUCUCCUGUGGAGGAUUGACCAAGCGAUUCCUGGUUCCCGGAUGGCGAAUGGGAUGGAUCAUCGUCCACGAUCGCAAACAGCGUUUGGCCAAUGCCAUCGGUGGACUGAAGAACAUGUGUGGUCGCAUCCUGGGAUCCAACACCAUUAUCCAGGGAGCUAUACCCGAGAUUCUGACCAAAACACCACAGUCUUACUUCGACGGGGUUAUUGAAGUGCUUCACUCUAAUGCAACACUGGCCUACAAAAUGCUGAAGCCGGUGCAGGGCCUCAACCCGGUGAUGCCCAAUGGAGCCAUGUACAUGAUGAUCGGCGUGAGCAUCGAGCGCUUCCCGGCCUUCAAGGACGAUACCCACUUUGUCCAGGAGCUGGUCAACGAGCAGAGUGUCUUCUGUCUGCCGGGCAGCUGCUUUGAGUAUCCAGGAUACGUGAGGAUCGUGCUCACCGUUCCGGGACCCAUGAUCGAGGAGGCCUGCUCCAGGAUAGCCGAGUUCUGCGAUCGCCACUUCAAAAAGGACAACCGCACCUUCAUCGAACACGGAUUGCUGGACGAGGAUCUUGCCUUCUGAACUGAGCUGGGAGCAAAACAUUUAUUAGACAUUCUAGACUACAGUUUUUAUCAAGUGUACAUAAGUAAAUGUAUAUAAUAAUAUAUAUAUAUAUAUAUAUAUAUAUAUAUCAAUCAUUAACUAUCCAAUAUAAGGAGUAUUGUCUCAAAAAAUUGCUGGAAAAGUGAAGCGCACACACAGAUCGAGAAAAGGAGCAAGUUAACUGCGGUUAAGUAAAUGGUCGUUAUAGAGGAGGUCUGAAUAUAAAUAUAUAUAUUACGCGGCCUA